GGGGGCUUUCUUUACAAACACAGAUUUCUCUUCUCUGUGUGGUUGUAGAGAGAGAGAGUAGAGAGAGAAACAGAGAAGAAGAAGGAGAAGAUGUUGAGGGGACCUUCACCUUGUAAUGCGGCGAGAGAUCACAUUCGAGCCCUAAACCACUCCCGCUUUGUUGGCACUUGUAACCCCCUCUCAAUUCGCCGACCAAAGGUCGUCGUGUCCUGCCGUUCCUCCUCUUCUUCUUCUUCUUCUUCUCACAGCAGAGCUCCGAUUCUCGCCGUCGGGACCGAACGGCCGAUCGUUCUGGAGAAGAGCCUGGCGGACCGGCUCCGGUUGGGGAGCUUGACGGAGGACGGCCUUUCUUAUAAGGAGAGGUUCAUAGUGAGGUGUUAUGAGGUUGGGAUUAACAAAACUGCCACUGUUGAAACCAUUGCCAAUCUUUUGCAGGAGGUAGGAUGCAACCAUGCUCAGAGUGUUGGAUUUUCAACAGAUGGUUUUGCAACAACUCACACGAUGAGAAAACUGCAUCUCAUAUGGGUGACUGCUCGCAUGCACAUCGAAAUCUACAAAUAUCCAGCUUGGAGUGAUGUGGUUGAAAUAGAGACAUGGUGCCAAGGUGAAGGAAGGAUUGGGACCAGACGUGAUUGGAUUCUCAAAGAUUAUGCCACUGGUGAGGUCAUUGGGAGGGCUACAAGCAAGUGGGUGAUGAUGAAUGAAGAUACUAGACGACUUCAGAGAGUCAAUGAUGAUGUCCGAGAUGAAUAUUUAAUAUUCUGUCCAAUAGAACCCAGAUUAGCAUUUCCUGAGGCGAACAAUAGCAGUGUGAGGAAGAUAUCAAAGCUGGAGGAUCCAGCUCAGUAUUCCAGGCUGGGACUGGUGCCAAGAAGAGCUGAUCUGGACAUGAACCAGCACGUCAACAACGUCACGUACAUUGGAUGGGUUCUGGAGAGUAUGCCUCAAGAAAUCAUCGACACCCAUGAACUACAAACUAUCACCUUAGAUUACAGGCGUGAAUGCCAACAUGAUGAUGUAGUUGACUCCCUUACAAAUCCAGAACUAGAUGCUGCAGUUUUACAGCUUCAAGGAACUAAUGGAUCUCCCCGUGCAACUAAAGACAAACAAGACUGCUGUGAGUUCUUGCACUUGUUGAGAUUGUCUCAUGAUGGUCAAGAAAUAAACAGGGGUCGCACCGAGUGGAGAAAGAAACCACAAAGAUGAGCAAUUUAUUCCGUCUGCUGUACCUUCCUCUUGGUUUCACCAGGCUUUACAAUGAGUUUUGAGUUACCUUUUUUCGCUUUUGCCUAUUCUAGUGGUCUUUUAUGCCCUUUUAUCUUUUUUUGAUGCUUUUGUCCUUUUUUAAUGUGCUUCCUUAUAAAGGGCUUUUGCUUCGGGUUUUAUGCGGAAGUUAGGACAGAUUUUUCGAUUUUGUCUUCUAUUUUGUCUGUAGAUUGAUCAACAGAUUUUAUAUAAAUUAAUAAACUGAGCAAAGAUGAAGUGUA